AUGUGGUUUGCUUUGUCGUUAUUAGUUAUUUUUGCUACGUGUCAUCAAUGGAAUUGCAUAAAUGAAAAAUUGAACCUUACGGACGCGCUGCCGCCUAAACAAACGUAUUCGGCUACACUGAGAGGUUUAUUGCCGCCAGAAUGGCAGGAAUUGGGCAUGAGUGGCGUGGACUACUGCUAUGGAAACCGAACUAAAAAGUACACCAAUACGUGCCCCGGACAAGCCUUAAUGCACUGUGUGGUAGAUUACCUAGUUGAGUAUUUCAGUUCAAAAUGUUGUGAAUUGCCAGACCUAAUUAAAAGUGAACAAGUAGAAGAAUGUGGUUUUAAGACCUUCAUGCACAACCAUUACCACAACAAACAAACCGAUCAACCAUUCAGAUAUUCGUUUCCUCGCGUGUUACAGACGAAAAAGUCAGAUGAAACAGACAGAGAUAAACUGCAAAUUAUAAUGAAUGUGCCGACUACGACAAACUUGGAGGAUAGUUCUGAUGAGGAGUGGGAUCCGUUGGAGUGUUGUGAUGUCAACGGUUUCAUUGAGGACUCAUGGCGAAGUCAGUGUCAUUUCGAAAUGUCAUGGAAUGUAACGAACCGUCUUCGUUUUAUCGAUGUUAGUUCAAACAUACCAACGACAACAACACAACGACCCACAGUAGUCAGAAGUGAUGUCAAAGUGGUUCCAUUUUCUUGCGAAAAAGAAACUUGUAUAUUCAAAAAGUUAAACGUCAUAUCGGAUACCGGUAAAAUUGAUGCUAUAGCAUUUACAAAACUCUUGGACAAUAUGACUGCAACACAUCCUGAAUGGGAGAAAGCGAAGGCUAGAGUUGUAACGCAGUGUUUCAGUAAAAUCUACAGACGAUACGAUUCUGAAUGCCGACUUAACGAAGUCCUUGGAUGCGUUUUUGAUGUACUGUCCGAGAACUGCCCUCAUUCCAAGAAGGACGACCCAUGCAAAAUAAAGAACAAUAACGACAAGGAUAUUAUUUGUCAGAUUAGUGCCGCAAAAUAUGCCCCGAAAUUCCGUCGUCAAUUUUGCGGUAUUCCAGAAAUUGUAAAUUCGAAAAUUCUCGCUGAAUGCGACGUAACAUCAAUAUCCACUUUAGAGUAUGUUCCCCAGUUUGAAAAAACUGUCUCCCAGCAUUGGGAAAAUAAACUCAAUUGUAAGGAACUAACACAACCUACAAGCUGUUUGCUCGACAAGAUGGGAGUUCUUAAUAAAUACGGCUUUGUCGAUUACUUUAAAAUGAAGGAUCUGCUUCGUAAAGUUAGCAAAAGCCCUCUAUACGAGUUGUACUUUACUGUGUUUUUAACAACGCCCAUGUAUCACGACUAUUGCAGUUCACCAAGGAAGCUAUUGAAUAUAUUAGACUUGAUGGUCAUGACUUGCCCUGUGGCGAAACGCAAAAACAACGCAAAGUGCAAGAAGAUUUUCCACGAAAUCGAAACGACAAUACCACCGAACAUGACAAAAGAACAACUGGCAAGAAUAUUCAAAAACCUAGAAACCACUAUACUAUCCGAAAGAUCCACUCCAAGCACGAUUUACAGACCUAAACUUGGGACUGUUCCAACACGUAAAAGUCCAUCAUAUUCUCACACAAAUAAGAUAUAUGAUUAUGGAAUUUUAGGCUCUCAAAACGCACCUUCCGUGAAUAUUAUUGACGUAAAACCGAAGCCAAAAACGCUAGUUAUAUUACCAGUAUACCAGCGUAUGAACACGUCCUACCCCAUACAUUCUCUACAAAAUGAUGGUAUUUAUAGAUCAUAA